AUGACAUCUGUAGGACCGGUAAUAUGUGCAAAGUUUGACCCUACCAUAAGUUAUUUGGCCAGUGGUGUAAUUGCAUUAGAUACUCAUCAAAUUAAAGUUAAAUCUAUUAACUCAUCUCAAACAUCAUUAAAUACAUCAUUUUCAUUAGAAAAAUCCAAUAAAUUAACUAAUUUAUCAUGGAUAUCUAUUAAUAAAUCACAUUCUAUUUUAGCUAUUAAUUUAACUAAAGGUUCUACAUUAAUAUAUUCUGCUCAAACUAAUGAAAUAAUAGCAGAAUUAUCUAGUACAAAGAAUUUAAGUAUAGUAGAUUUUCAUUAUUCAAAAUUAACUCAUUCAGGUUGGUCUUGUGAUAUAGAGGGGAAUAUUUAUGAAUGGGAUUUAAAUAAUUUUUCAUUAAUUCAACAUUUUAAUUUAAAUGAUCUUUUAGAAACGGCUGAAAAUGUUAAUAGAAUAUCAACUGUAUUAUAUAAUAAUGAACCUCAUUUAUUAGUAGGAUCACAUUCAAUUUAUUUAAUUAAUAUUAAUCAAAAGGAAAUUAUAAAGACAUUCCCGGGUCAUAUUCAACCAAUUAAUAAUAUAUUCCCUCUUUCUGAUAAUAAAGAUCUUUUCUUAACUAGUGCAAAAGGUGAUAGAUUUAUAAAUUUAUAUUCUAUUGAAAAGGGUUCAACAAAAUCAGUAUUUGUAUCUCAAUCUUCAGUAUCUGAUAUAGCUUAUGGAGUUCAAGAUAAUAAAUCUAUUUUAAUAGUAAUUAAUGAAAAUAAUAAUUUAGAAAUAUUCAAUGAUAUAUUUGGAACUUCAACAAAAUCUCAAUCUCAAUCUCAACCAUCAACUCCAUCAUCUAAAAAGAAGAGAAGACAACAAUUAUCUAAUGUUCAAUCUCAUUCAUCAAAUGCAUUAUUAAAAUUAUCUAGACCAGAUACAGAAAUUAAAAGUCCAAAGGAUUCAAAUUUAGCUAUUGAUUCUAUUUCAGUAAAUGAAGAUUUUAUAAUAUUUUCAUGGUUAGAACAUUCAAAUAUACCUUAUUUUGAAACUAUUAAAUGGUUAGAUGAUUCUGGUAAUUAUAGUCUUAUUACUGAAAAAGUAGUAUUCAAAUCUAAACCUGAUUUGAAAGUUGUUAAUCAUUCAACUUAUGGUCAUGAUAUUGCUGCUCCAAAACUUUAUAGUGAAGGUCAUGCUAUUAUAAGUGAUGGAACUAAUUUAGGAGAUGUUUUAAAUGAAGUUGAAGGAGAAGAUGAAGAUGAAGAAGAAGAAGAAUCAUUAGCAGAAAAAUUUGAAAAACUUUCACAAGAGAAAUCUUUAAAUCAAUCAACUAAGAGUAAGAAGAAACUUGGAGGUGAUAAAACUGGUACAUUAGCCGUUAUAUUAUCUCAAUCAUUAAGAAAUAAUGAUCAUUCAUUAUUAGAAACUGUUUUAAGUAAUCGUGAUUCUCAAGUAAUUCAAAAUACAAUUGAAAGAUUAGAUCCUGCAUUAUCAGUUAUUUUACUUGAUAGAUUAAGUGAAAGAAUUCAACGUCAAGCUUCAAGAUUUGAUCAAUUAACUUAUUGGUUAAAAUGGAUUGUAUUAAUUCAUGGAUCAAUUAUAUCUUCAUUACCAAAUUUAAGUAUUAAAUUAUCAAAUUUACAUUCUGCAUUAAUUAAAAAGGCUGAUACUUUACCUAGAUUAUUAGAAUUACAAGGUAGAUUAAAUAUGUUAUAUGAUCAAAAUCGGUUAAGAAAGGAAAUUUUAAACUUAAAUACUGGUUAUGAUAAUGAAGAUGAAGAAAUUGAUAGUGAUAUUGAAUAUAUUGAAGAAAUUGAUGAUGCUGAAGCUUUAGGUAUCUUAAGUGAAGAUGAAGAUGAUUUUGAUGUUGAUUUAGAAGGUGGACAUGAUGAUUAUGAAGAAGAAGAAGAAGAAGAAGAACCACAAGUGGAAGAUGGUGAUGACGGUGAUAUCGAUGGAUCAGUUGAAGAUGAAGAAAACUAUAGUGAUCUUGAAAUUGAUGUUAACAAUGAUGACAGAAUGGAAGAUGAUGAUGAAUAG